GGAGAAUCGCAGCGGGAGGUCCUGGCUGGCAGUGUGAGAGUCGGUAUCAGCGCUUCUUUUUACCUCAGUCCGCAGAAUAACACCCGAGGCUCAGCAUGGCUCCACCCUUAAGAAGAGUGUUCGUGGUGGGAGUUGGGAUGACCAAGUUUGAGAAACCUCGGGAUGCGUUGGAUUAUACAGACAUGGCGAAGGAAGCAGGCCAGAAGGCUUUGGCCGACGCCGGUGUUCCGUAUUCGUCGGUGGAGCAGGCCUGUGUAGGCUACGUCUACGGUGACUCUACAUGUGGGCAACGUGCUAUCUACCACAGUUUGGGACUCACCGGGAUUCCCAUUGUCAAUGUCAACAACAAUUGUUCCACCGGAUCCACAGCACUGUUUAUGGCGAGACAACUGAUACAGGGAGGAUUGGCAGAUUGUGUCCUGGCUCUUGGCUUUGAGAAAAUGGAGCGUGGAUCACUGGCACCCAAGUUCACAGACCGGACCAACCCUUUGGACAAGCACGUGGAGGUCAUGAUGAAUAAAUAUGGCCUGACGGCAGCUCCCAUUGCUCCUCAGCUAUUUGGUAGUGCUGGCAAGGAACACAUGGAGAAAUAUGGCACAAAAGAAGAACACUUUGCAAAGAUUGCUUGGAAAAACCACAAACAUUCAAUUAAUAACCCGUAUUCACAGUUUCAAGACGAAUACAGCUUAGACCAAGUCCGGAAUUCACGGAAAAUAUUUAGUUUCCUAACUGUUCUUCAGUGCUGCCCAACAUCUGAUGGAGCAGCUGCGGCUGUUCUGGUGAGUGAAGAUUUUGUCCACAAACACCGUCUGGAAAGCCAAGCUGUAGAGAUCCUGGCCCAGGAAAUGGUGACCGACACCUUAAGCACGUUUCAAGAAGAUAGCUGCAUCAAGAUGGUUGGAUAUGAUAUGACCAGGCUAGCGGCUGAGAAGUGCUAUAAGAAAGCUGGGGUGACACCUGAAGAUGUCAAUGUGAUUGAGCUUCAUGAUUGUUUCUCUGCCAAUGAGCUCAUCACGUAUGAGGCACUUGGCCUUUGUCCACCAGGCCAAGCUGGUGCCCUGAUCGAUCGAGGAGAUAACACAUAUGGAGGUCGAUGGGUAAUAAAUCCUAGCGGAGGCUUGAUCUCAAAAGGACACCCUUUGGGAGCAACAGGUCUCGCUCAGUGCGCAGAGCUCUGCUGGCAGCUCAGAGGUCAGGCCGGCCGCAGACAGGUUCCGGGGGCUAAGAUCGCUCUGCAACACAACAUUGGCCUAGGAGGAGCUGUGGUGGUCACUCUGUAUAAAAUGGGCUUCCAGGAUUCUGCAUCCAGUACCUCUCGUAUCCAAAUGGCCCCAACCAGUGCCGAAGAUGGAUUCAAAGCUCAAUAUGUGUUCAAGGAGAUUGAGAAGAAGCUGGAAGAGGAAGGGGAGCAGUUUGUAAAAAAGAUUGGAGGAGUAUUUGCUUUUAAGGUGAAGGAUGGGCCUGGCGGAAAAGAGGCGAUAUGGGUAGUAGAUGUUAAAAAUGGCAAAGGAUCUGUGAGUGUCAACUCAGAUAAGAAGGCAGACUGUACCAUAACCAUGGCGGACUCUGACUUAUUGGCAUUGAUGACUGGGAAGAUCAAUCCUCAAACGGCUUUCUUCCAGGGGAAACUGAAAAUCACUGGAAACAUGGGAAUGGCCAUGAAACUGCAGAGCCUGCAGCUGCAGCCUGUGAAAGCCAAGCUGUGAUGUGUCCUCCAGCGAGCGCCGGUUCUACCCUGUGAUGUUCUCCAUCUCUAGCUUCUUAUGGAGCGACCGUGACUGCAGCUUCCUCCCAUCGCGAAGACGGAACUCCUUUCCUUUAACCCCCUAAUUUCUAGACAAGCCUUAUGAUGGAGCAUGGAAUACUUUGUGUACUACUGUGCCAGUGGGGCACAACUCCAGACCUCAAGAACCGCAAACAGGGAAAGGGUGCUAUGUAUCCUUACCUGAACACAGGUAGAAUAAUGGUUUUUAAUAGAGAUGCCCAAGCUGAGUUAUCCAAAUACUGUGACCUGUUUGCUGCCCUCAAGUCCUGGAGUUGCGCCCCACUGUAUGCAUGUGCACUGAAUGUCAGUACCUGGGCACUAUCUCCGUAUAUGAGGGGCGUAUGCAUCAUACACGUAGAUAUUUGUAUGACUUCUCAAAGGCUUGCCAUUUACUCCAAUGGAUCUUCUAUCUUUCCCCGUUCUUUUUGAAGCUAAUUUGGCGUUAUGCACAUGAUUUAAAUAAUUUCUGUGAUUUCGGAAAGCACUAACAGCCCAAUGUAGAGGUACUGGUUUAUCUUCUGUAAAUACGCUGCUAUCUCCAGCUGGCAGUGAGGAGAUCCGUGGUCUCCUGAGUGUUUUAGUUUUUUUUAGACUAACGCUGUAAUUUGUUAAUAGUAAACAUUUUAAAAAAAUAUAUAAAAAAAUAAAAUACCUGAUUUAACAAAUGA